AGACAGUCCCGCAUUCGUAUCCGUUCUUUCAUCUGAUUCGUGCAAGCAUGGCCAUACGUGUAUGCAGAUCAUCAGCAAUGUGUUUGGGUGGAACGGAGCCAGCGACCGACGAGGGGCACCUCUCGGAGCAGGAAGUGGGAUGUACCAGGUGACUUUCUGGCUGCCUGCGUGCCUGCCGGCCUGUCUACCUGCCUGUCUGCACUCAGCAAACGGAUAGAAGGUGAACCAAUCCGCAUAAGUAUGUCUUAUUGAUGCCCUUGUGUGGCCAAAGGAAUGGAUAUACGGGGGAGUUUUCCUAAGAAACGUGAGGGAAGGCAAAUGAGGGCGAGGGUGGCGAGGAUCAACGAGCAUAUGCUGCUCUGCGUGUCUGGAUGGUGUGGGGUGGGUGUUGCAGGUUGUCUUCAAUGUGGAGGGUACCAAUGAGACAAGGGCUCAAUGAUGUGCUACACAUGUCUGUCCGUCCUGCAUCCGUGUCUCCCUCCUUCCAUUCAGAGAAGGCGUUCAUCUGGCAUCCCAACGAGGAACACGUAAGACGGCCGAUAGACAUACAACAGGCGCAAAAACCUGCAACUCUCUGGCUAUCAGGACACCGAGAUGUUCUUCCUGUCAGUCGCAUAAACAGCAAAGGCAAGGAAAUCUAUUCCUUCUCUGUCUCUGCCGUCAGGAACAACCUGAUAGCCCGAGCUAAAACAUGUGCCCGAAAUCCGCAGCGCCACCUCAAUCACCCACAGAGCAACACCAUUCACAACAAUCUCUUCGUCGACUGCGAUGUGGGUAUUAACCCCGUGGCGCCAUCAGGCCAGGACUUCCCUCGCGAGUAUUUUGACGUCGACUACAACUUCUACAUGCUCAUGAACCCAGAAGCCAAGGUGGAUCGUAUGCUCACGUCUCCCGAUCUUUUACACUGUCUCCCGAUCUUUUACACUGCGCCCAUCCGCUGUCUUCUUCACAGGUUCUGGAGCUGAAACAGGCCGCAGGGACAGAGAAGUACAAGACCCUUGCGGAAAUUCGCGAGCAGGAGAGUGGCCUGUGGGUUGAGGGCUGGGAGACGCAUGGCAAUGACACGGCCGAGGUUGCCGUGGGCUACAAGGAGGCGGGCCUUCCCCCACGCACGGACAAUAUCAAUGACCGGAGAAUCCGCACAUAUGACCCAUGUGAGAUGCUGCAUUCCCCCUCUUGACAUUGCGACAUUGCAACCUCCCAUCUGCUGUCUCUCCUUGUAUUUUGUGUGUCAGCAUGGUUCGCGCCCACGUCAGCUCAGCUGAACGCCUCCAAUCCAAACUUUCCCGCCGAGGUGGAGCGCCUGCUGCGGCACUUCGAUAUCUGCAUCCCUAUAGGACAGGACGACACCGUAAGCCACAGAUACGCUGACUGAUACCAUCGAGGCGUAGCGAAUGAAUUCCACGUACCUUCUUGUCUAUGUGCAGACACUUCCGAUUGGCCCUCACUCAGCGACUGCAGAGAAGUGUUUCCUGGGCAUAGGAUCGCUCGACGGCGAAAUGACGGUGCCGACAUCUUCGCCAGCUCGUGCACUUCGGGGCAGUGGUUAGGAGUGCGGGUGUGCGAGUGGGGCUGUCUCAUUAUCGGUAAUUUUUAUGUCAUUGAUAUUGAUAUUUUCAUAGAGUCAGCAAUUUUCGUGUGCGCGUCUGCAUCUGCGUGUGCGUGUGCUUGGUGGGGAGUUUUGAGGGUGUUUAGGUUUGUUGGUACAGCUUGCUUGCGUUGAUUAGACGAGAGAGAAGAGACACAUGAGAAGAACGAUGAUCGAACGAGUUGAGAGACGGAUCAAUCAAUAUAAGGAUACAUGCCUGCUUUCCGCGUCUCUCUCUCCGUAUGCUUGAGCGAGGCACCAAAGAGCUUACUGCAGGGCUGCUGGCACAGUGUGUGAUCUUUGUUCCCUCUGGCAGGGGGAAAGAACAGUGUGGAGGGAAUAGAGAUCCUCGUGUGUUGCGACUCAUAUUCAAUGAACGGGCAGAGAAUGUG